UUUGUCAAUGUAAUAACUACAAGCAUUUGUUUAAUUUUGACUAGUUUUAUAAUUUAGGCAAGAGCGAUGCUGAAAGACUAGUUUAGGUUCUCCAAGAACGAAUUGGAACGAAACAGGAAGUUGUACUGAUGAGGAAGCAACUGGUGGCGCGAAAAACUAAACAGCUUUCAUCACGUUUACAUUAUUAUACACCUUGUGUUUGUAUUAUAACACCCACUUUUAUCGUAAUAUCAGAAGAUUUAUAAUUUAGUUAUCUGAGCUUGGUUAUGGAGAUCAAGCAUGCUUAAAACAAAAAGUGUGGCGUUGCAAAGACAGACUGGAGCAGGCCAGGCAUGAGUGGAGCACACCUGGACGAAUGGCAGAGGAGGUCCUUUGACAUUUCAUCUGGCAACUGUACACCUGAACAGACGGCCGAUGCCUACCGGGCCCACAUCCUCUCCAUUCAGUAUGCAUGGGCAAGCUCCCAGCUCUCUCAGGCCGGCAUGGACAGCCUGCUCAGGACCUACUCGGAGCGCUACGCCGCAGUGCUGGACUCAGAUGACCCCCGCACUGGGCUGAACAACUAUGCAGACAGCGCUCUGCACCUGGCUCGCAGUCAGAGGAACCACAGUGACAAAUGGGAGUCGUUCCUCACCAUGGAGAGUGUGCUGGAGCUGCCCUGCGUGCAGAGGAUGAUUCAGGCAGGGAAGGGGGGAGGGGGCUCCCUGGUGGCAGCAGGAGAUGUUAACAUAUCUGUGGGGCAAGAGAGCAGAGGCAGCUCCCUACCUGCUGCUUUUACUGGGGACUGCUCAGACACUGCAUUGUUCAAACCUACAGUUCCACCCCAGCCUAAAGCAGAGGUUAACACCAGUGCCAGUAAUCCAAACUCAUUCUCCCGUCCUCCAGCUCGACCACAGUCUGUGUUCACUCACUCUUCCUCAGCUCUUCCCCAGGGAAACCCUGGCCCUGCAGGGGGAACACAAAACUAUCAGUCCUCCUACUUACCCAACUCCAACACAUCUAAGCGGAAGAACUUUUACAACACAGACAGAGGGGAUGGUGGCAGGGGUCAGCAGGGAGGUCAAGCAGGCAGUGACCCGCAAGCUGGAAGCAACUUUAAAACGGCUCGCGAGCAGUUCAUUGUUGAGCAACAGAAAAAACACUCCAACCAGGCGCAGAGAGGUCAGGCAUCCUGGCCGGCAGCAGCUGUGAAGAAAUCUCUAGGAGCCAACAGGCCGCGGGGUACAUUUUCCAAAUUUGUGUCACCCAUUCCCCGACAGGAGGAGGAAGAAGGAGGAGGGCCAAAUGGUAAUUCCAAUCAGGAACCUCAGAUCGUGGACGAGCGUCUGAAAAACUUUGAGCCGAAGAUAAUUGAGCUGAUCAUGAGUGAGAUCAUGGACCACGGGCCUCCUGUCGUCUGGGAGGACAUCGCAGGCCUGGAGUUCGCCAAGACCACCAUAAAGGAGAUUGUAGUUUGGCCCAUGCUGCGACCUGACAUCUUCACUGGUCUCCGGGGUCCACCUAAAGGCAUCCUCCUGUUCGGACCCCCGGGGACUGGAAAAACUCUGAUAGGGAAAUGCAUAGCCUGCCAGUCAGGGGCCACCUUCUUUAGCAUCAGCGCUUCAUCACUCACAUCCAAGUGGGUGGGUGAGGGAGAGAAAAUGGUGCGAGCCCUCUUUUCCAUCGCCCGCUGCCACCAGCCUGCUGUCAUCUUCAUCGAUGAGAUCGACUCGCUGUUGUCCCAGCGGACGGACGGGGAGCACGACUCCUCACGCAGGAUAAAAACAGAGUUCCUGGUUCAGCUGGACGGAGCAACGACGUCAGCCGAGGAUCGCAUCCUGGUGGUGGGCGCCACCAACCGGCCUCAAGAGAUAGACGAGGCUGCCCGGAGACGCCUGGCCAAGAGGUUAUACAUCCCCCUGCCCGAGGGAACGGCCCGGCGGCAGAUCAUCAUUAACCUCAUGACCCAAGAGAAGAACCAGCUGGACGAGCCGGAGCUGGACAGCGUGGUUGCUGCCACAGAGGGCUUCUCAGGCGCCGACAUGACGCAGCUCUGCAGAGAGGCGGCGCUCGGGCCCAUCCGCAGCAUCCAGCUCAGUGACAUCGCCACCAUCACUGCAGACCAGGUGAGACCCAUCCAAUACAGAGACUUCCAGGACGCCCUGCAGACCGUACGGCCCAGUGUCUCAUCAAAAGACUUGGAGCUGUAUGAGGAGUGGAACAAGACCUUCGGAUGUGGACGUUAAGCGUGGCUGCUUAUCCUGAUUGUUGUUCAAAUUGAGGAUUUCAUUUUGAACUGAGUUUUUGAUUUCAGCUCUGGAGGAAUUCAUACAAAAGCACAAAUUGGGCAGAGAUAAUAGCAUGUGCACUUGUUGUUGUUAAUCCUAUUGAGAACAAAAAUGUUUGGCAAUAGUGUAGUCUCAAAUAAGGUAUAGAUACUUAAAAGCAUCACAAAGAUAGUUAUUUUAAUGCAGGGAUUUCUGUCAAGUUGCAUUACAUUGAGGUUAGUAUAUCCAAAAAUUCCUUUUAAUUGAAUUAAUAUUUUUCCAAACAUCCCGAUGUUAUGCGAACCAUUUAAUGUUCGUUCCUACCAAAACGCUGUUGCAAAACAAAUCCAGUUAUCAGUGCUCUUAGUGCUGAUGGGAUGAGAGACUUUUCUGUAUGAAGAAAUCGCUCUUCAAUUGUUCCCAGCUGUUUGUUACUGCAUUAUCCUCUGGUUUGUUUGGAUAUUUAUUUCACUGUUGCUGUGUGAUUUGCUGAAGGCAUUAAGAUAUAUUGUAUUAGUAUCAUUUUUGUAAUGCUGUGAGGAUAAACAUUCAGCAUGUUUAAUAACCAUCCCAAUAGAUAUUCUCACCUCUCUCAUAUACUGUGUUUCAUGACUGAAUGAAUUUGAGUUUGAUUCUUAAUUGAAUUGCCAAAAUUGUAUUUUUUUCCUAAUAAAUAAAAAUGUUACCAUCCUAUA